AUGUUGUCACUCCUUUCCGUUUUACAGUUUCUUCUAAGCUUCUUGCUGUCUGUUAUGACGAAAACAAUCGAUAAUAAAUUCAUAGGCAUACCUCAAGCAAUAUGUGGACCAGAGAAUAUAACAAUCGAAGGUACGACUGAAGAAUUAUUUGAAGGUGUUGUUUUUAUCAAGAAUUGGCGACGGACGAAUGGAUGUGCGACAAUCUAUACUCUCCGCGAAAAUACAACGACACCGUCAUUUUCAAUUCCGAUAAAUCUCAUUGCUCAGUGUGGUUUGGUGUUGCGAAGGAAUUCUGAAACAAAAGAAGUUGAAAUAUUUGUGGUAUUCGUCUUCAGUUUCCAUCCAAACUUUGUCACCGCCGACGAUCGUUCAUUUGCGGUACAUUGCAUUUUCCAACAACAGUCCUUCAAGGUCGCAACCAAAUUCAAUUUCAUAGCAGAAAAGAGUACAAGUGGUACAGUCAGUGGAACAGCUGACAUGCCAUUCGUGAAUCUAACUGUUGUUCAGGGACAUCUACCGAAUCCAAAUAUGAAAUCAGCAAGAGUAGUCUCUGUUGGUGAUCCAUUGAUGUACAUUUGGCAUUUGAACUCUAAAGACGGGAUUUAUGGCAUUUGGGUAAAGGAAUGUUCAGCGGAAGCGGAAGAUGGCCGUAAGAUGGAAAUAAUCGAAAACGGUUGCUCUUUGGAUUCUGUUAUCGUAUCCAAUGUGCAGUAUCCAGAGAAUAAUCUUAAGGCAUUUGCCGACGGAUUAGCAUUUAAAUUUCCGGAUGCUAAUGAAGUAUGGAUAUCAUGUGCAGUAACAACGUGUCUACGUAAAUUCGAUCAAUUUAUUAUCACCAAUAACACUGACUAUUUGUGUCCUAAGGAACCAGAUUGCUCCAAACGAAUAAAACGAUCAGUGGAAAAAGAAGAGAGGAGUAUUGAAAUUUAUUCAACAGAUAACUUAGUACAUUACAAGCUUCAUGUUAUCGAUCAACCAGUUCAUACUUUACCUUAUCAAAAUAUAGAAGAAAAGACAAUGAGGCCCUUUGACGAAAUUUGUGUUGAUAAGAAAAUCUUCGCUGGAACAUUUGCCGCCUUAACAACAGCAUAUUUAGCUAUGAUAACGGUAGUGGGUAGUUUUGGUCUAUCGAUUUAUCGAUCUCAGCGCAAACAAUGA